AUGGCGGCGGUCGCCGCGCUGCGGGCCGUCCUCAGCGCUCGGUUUUCGUGCACCGGCCGAGAGCGUGUUGGGUCGCAGGCCUCGUGGCGUCCCUGCCGAGGGAAGGAGGAAAAAGAAGUAGAAGCAGACAAAAUAAUUCAUCAAGAGAAAAGUGAACCCAGCCUGAUCUGCCCCCCACCACGCAGCAGAAACUACCUUCCUCCAGAGGAUAUACGGAGCUCCGUUGAGUCUCACGUCAAGGAGAUUUUUGGACCCUCACUUCCUGAUAAUUGGCAGCAGACACCACUCAAAGAAAACAGGUUGAAGUAUCGCCUUCUGGCUCAGCUGGCAGCAGAGCUUGGUCAUGCUGUCCCCAACUCACAGCUUCACCUGAUGUGCAGUGCUGAGGAUGUCUUGAAUUUCUAUAGCACUCCUGUGAAGGAUGUGUCCAAGUUUAAUGAACUGUGUGCUGCAGAGCUACCCCCAAACCUGAAGAUUAUCUGGGAGCAGUGA